AUGGGCACAACAACGCCGUCGUCAUCGUCAUCAUCAUCAGCAAAAUCAGCUGUGGCAGUGCAACACUUCCUCUCUGGCCUUGGGUCGGGAGUGGCCUCGGCCGUGCUCCUACAGCCGCUGGAUCUCCUCAAGACGCGGACUCAGCAAUCGGGUCGUCUCUCACUGCUGAGCUCCUGGAAGGAAUUGACACAAUCGCCACAUCCAAUCCGGGCGCUAUGGAGGGGAACUGUGCCGUCGUCUCUGCGCACAGGCAUAGGAUCGGCCAUUUACUUCUCAUCGCUGCAUAGCAUCCGCGAGUUUAUCCAGAGAUCGAAUGCAGUCAACCAGCAGGCCCAUUCCCACAGCGCCUCGUCGUCGUCGCUGCCGAAGCUGAGCAAUUCGGCCAACGUGGUGGCUGGCGCUGUGGCACGGACAUGGGCAGGCUUUGUGCUGAUGCCCUUGACUGUCAUCAAGGUCCGGUUUGAGUCAACUCUUUAUUCCUACCGGUCCAUGUGGGCCGCCAUCAAAGAUAUCAAUCACCAGGCAGGUCUCCGGGGCUUCUUCUCUGGCUUUGGCGCAACUGCCAUACGGGACGCCCCCUAUGCGGGCUUGUACGUAUCCAUCUACGAGAUGCUGAAGAGGGAACUGGGCUCCUUCGUUUCUCACGAUGGCAUGACCCCUUCCAUGGCCAGCUCUGUCAACUUUGCCUCGGCCAUCUCGGCGGGCGCAAUUUGCUCGGCAAUCUCAAAUCCAAUCGAUGUCUGCAAGACGCGCAUUCAGCUACAGCCGGACCAAUACCGGAAUAUGUUUCAUGCUGGCUACAGAAUGGUCACUGAGGAAGGCCUGCAUUCGUUGUGGCGCGGGCUGGCCCUCCGAAUGAGUCGUAAAGCAAUAAGCUCUGCGCUUUCAUGGACGAUAUACGAGGAACUUAUCCGUAGAUAUGCGGGGAGCCACGGCGCAAGGCGUAGUCUCAAAUCACUAUAA